AGGGUCAUAUGCUCUUCCUAAGUUUGAUUUUGAUGACAGCCUCCAGGGGCAUCUAAGGUUUGAUAGUUUGGUUGAAACUGAGGUUUUUUUCUUGGCAUUGAAAGUGAAGAAGACAACCAGUGGAUUGAGGAUUUCUCUCGGGGAAGUAGUGGGAUAGAGUUUAGUUCAAGUGCUGCAGAAUCUUGCUCUAUAUCCAGGCGGAACAAUGUUUGGUCUGAGGCCACAUCCUCAGAAUCUGUUGAAAUGCUAUUAAAAUCUGUUGGGGAGGAAGAAAUUAUUCCAGGUCAAACUAGUGUCAAGGACUCAGGUGCCUGUGAUGAGUUGGGAAGCAUAACUAAGCAAAUGGAGCAUAAUCUGAAACCAGAUAAUAGCAAUCUUUCUAACGUGGGUAAUGUUAUAGAUUCAGGACCUACAAUACGCCCAUAUAAGUUUCUGGGAAGUUUUUCUGUUCUAAAUGAUGCAGGAAAAGAACUACCUCAGAUUGAGGAUACGUCACAAACUCAUGAAGGUGACUCAUUAGCUUACAGAAGUUCAACUGACUUACCUGUCACUGAGGAAAUAUGUUAAUUGAAAGCAAAGAUGAUGAUGCAAAUCAAAGGGAAAUUGAUACUUUGGUUAAUGAAUCCCUGAAUAACAGUACUCAAGACGAUUUUUCUGCUUCUGGGAUGCAAGUUGAUAAUAUAAUCACCUCUAUGCAUAAUGUCAUGACAAGUGCUGAGGAGUUGGACAAUCAAAAGGCUCCUCCAGAUCAUAUAAAUGAUAUUAGUCAUGGUAGUGGAGAUGCCUUAUCAAAAGAUAAUGAUGUGGAUGGAGAGGAGCACAAUGAUUUGAGCAAGGAGGGGCAAAUGAAUGAUAAAGUUCUGGAGGGAAAUUUAGUUGACAGUGGUGCUGGUAACUUGGAGCACCCUCUCUAUUUGGACUCCGAAGAAUCUAGGGGAGAAGGAAAUGCUUUUGAAACUUGUACUAGUAAUGUGGAGGGACCUUCUAGUACAAUCGUGAAGGGUGAUUCUGAACUGAAUGUUGUGGAAGGAUGCAGCGAGGGUGUAAAGGAAUCUGUUCAGGAGAGCAAAUGUGAAGAAUUGGUCUUGUCAAAAGACACAGAAAUGGUUAAUCAAUUUACAGGAAAUAUGCAUGGGGACUCACCCAUUGCUUCAAAAGGUGAGAGUAGUUUUUUAGGGCAUGCUGUUGAGGUGAGCAACAGAAAUGCAGAAAAUUGUGCCAUAUUAGCGCAGAAGAUGGACUCUCAUGUGCAGCUGACGUAUGGAAAGAGCAGUUUUGUGAAGAAAAAGGAUGAUUUGUUGGAAAGUGGGAACCAAUUGAAUAGUGAGAUUUCAACCAGUCACUUGGACACGUCUCUGUUAUCUGAGGUAACCAAUAAACUUUCUGAAGGUAAUUGUGAUGGAAGUGGAGGCCAUCACUAGGGAGAUAUUUCUAUUAAGCUUGUGGUAUCUUCUUCAGCUGAAUUGCAUGGGGAAUCACAUACAACUGAAAAUGUAAAAUGUGCAAUUGGAGUUCAUGGAGAAGAUAUAAAAGCUGGAGACAGUGUUCCAAUUUCCACUCCAUCUGAGUCUACUCAAAUACUCAAUAAAAUGCAGUCUCCAGGCAGAGUGGUAUUCAUAACUUUGAUUCAGAUGUUCCUGUUGUUGAGGAUGGGAAUGUGAAGUUGAGUACUGAUUUGAGUAAUAUGGAACAUGAGAUUGGUGGAUCCUUGCCUAUUCGCGAAUGUAGCAGAGAAAAUGACGAUGGUAGUGCUAGCUUUGGAUUGAUUGUUGUGGCAGUGGAUUUUUCUUCUGAACAUGAUACAGUGGCUUUUAUAUUAAAUGAAGGCAAAGUAGAAGAAUUAACUUUGCGGUUGUUUGAAGAGGUGAAGAAGCAGAUAAUUACAGGAGCCUGAACUUUUUCUGGAAGUAUUUCUCAGGAUAAGAAGCUGUCCCAUUUCCAAACUGUAUUCAUCAGUAGAAAUAAUGAAGCAUCUAAUUACCUGUAGAAAGGCACCACUGUUUAUGGGCAUUCUGUAUACGGUAUGCAGUUGAGUUGAUAAUUCGUCAUCUGAUAGCACUAUUCUCAAAAGUCCUAUAAACCGAGCAGCUUCAAAGGAAAUUUUGAUCCAAAUGAUUAGGCUCAUAUUCAGAAGGACAGAAUUUGAUCUAGACUGUACUUCCUCUGGUUCUGCUGCAAAUAAGGAAGCCACUUUAGCAGAAAGGACUAGUAAUGCACUUUCUCUCAGUAUUGAUACAUCAGAGUCUGAAUUUGGUGAUGUUCCCAAUCGUUUUAUAGCAAUGAGACCUCCUCACUCAUGGCAAACUCAGCUCUAUCAAACAUCUCUGUCCUGGGGUGUGACAGACGACCAGAUGUCACUUUCCUAUGGUCUGAAAGCAAAUAAAGAAGCUGAUUUUCCGGACUGCACAAGGACCUUUUGGCUCUGAUUUUUCAUUAGGUGCCACUUCUUGCCACAAUGGGAGAUAUCCAGAAUGGUUUUAAUGCAACCCAAGCUAGUCCUUGUGGAGGGUCAAGCAAUGUUGAUGGCCAUAUAAUACAGAAUAGUUCUUCCCAUACUGAUAAUGAUCUAGAGAAAGCAGAAAAACCAUUCUCAGAAAAGGGUCUUCAUUCAGAAUUUGGGAGAAAGCCAUUUGUGUUUAAUGAGAAUCCUUGCAGCCAAUAAUGGAAAUGGCUAUUGAUAACUGGCUUUUGAGGCAAAUUCAAUUACUCAGUCAAGGGGGAGUUGUUGCUCAAGGAAUUCUGUAGGUCCAAGAUUUUCUCUGGCCAGAUGGCAUUUCCUUCAUAAAAUUGGGAACUACCAAAAACGGUACUGAUGACUCUAAAUCUAUUGGAACCGUGAACCAAGUAGCUGCCAGUGGCAGUAAGGUCUUUGAACCCGGGCCUUUUGAGCUACAACUUGGGGCGCUGAGUAGGGCUAGAGAUGUCAAGAAAAGCAUCUUUAAUGGAGCCUUGCUGCCAUCAAGUCAGUUUUAAUGACGACAUCAACAACGCUGGAUAGAGUUGAGAGCUCUGUUUGAAUACAAUAGUAUCCAGGAUCAGAAACUGACGCUCUUGCCACAAUUACAUCUUUGAUUAAUGGAAGUGAGCAUCAAUCAGCGAGCUCCCUUAUGCAGGCUGCAGAUAACUGGUUAAGACUGCUGAAGAGGUAAAAGAUGGAGCUCAUGAUGAGCAGGAAAACAUAGAAACUAAGCUACAGAAGAAUCCAGAAGUGAACCGUGAGAAAAUAGAUGAAUCAGUCGAACUUCUGAGCAAAGACUUGAAACUGCUGGAGUUGAGUAAAGACUCCCUCUCCCUCUCUCUCCAUUGCUGAUCACACACACACUACCCUUCUAACCUUCACUUUGUUUUUCCUCUCAGAUUUGAGGAUGGCCACUGGUGGAGUUGAAUGAGUCCUGUGGGGGAUUAAAUAAAGACGCAUUGAAGAAAUCUGGAAUCUUCCUUUCUGGAGCAGGGAGGGAUUGGGUGGUGUGGCACACACUUGAUCUACAAAGAUAAUCUUGAUACAAAGGAAGUAUUGCCGCAUGAUUGGAUGCAGCAGAAGGACUCUUUAAUUAUAACCAAUGGCAUAUUCACAAAACAGCAAGCUCAGUUACCUUUCCAAAGGCAUAUCCGAUCUCUUCAUUUUUUAUUUCUUUUUUUUUUCUAAAUAACUCGAAAGAAAAUAUUGUGGCACCAAUUGGGCUCCUAUCGAGCUUGUUAUUCAUUCAUGUGGAUAGUGAAAAUAUAGAUUAUUGAAUAAAGAUA